UGCCAGCCUGUCUGUGUGUCUGCCUGUCUGCCUGUCUGUCUGCCUGUCUGUGUGUGUGUGUGAGAGAGCGACAGACAGGAAACAGCAAAAGAAGAAGAAGUCUGGAGUUGUUUCUGUAGUUUUUUCCCUCGCGCUCCGGAGGGCUCGGUGUGAACAUGGAGCGGGCUGCAACUUUCCUCGUGCUGCUUUCACUGGGACUAACGGGCGUGCGGGCGGACACCUUCAAAGCCUGUCUGUCUGGUACAGACUGUGCUCUGGUCCAGUCCAAAGAGGACGACUUCGACUGGGAACAAGGAGACACCCGAGACCGACCGGCGAGCAACCCCUGGAUCCCUGCAGGUUCCUCCUUCCUGUUUGUGAACACUUCGGGUCGUUACAGCGGUCAGCGCGCUCAGCUGCUGAUGCCGCCGUUCAAAGAGAACGACACGCACUGUGUCAGCUUCCUGUUCUACCAGGCAGGAGGCCGCGAGGGCGCCACGCCCGCCACACUCAAUGUCUACAUCAAAGAGAACAACAGUCCUCUGGGAGUUCCUGUCUUCAACUCUUCAGGCCCCGCCUACCACAUCUGGAAAGGGGUGGAGCUAGCCGUGUCCACCUUCUGGCCCAAUUACUACCAGGUGGUGUUUGAGGCGGUCAGCACCGGACAGAGAGGAGUUCUGGCCAUCAAGGACAUCACACUGCAGGGACACCAGUGCAUGAGCACACCUCACUUCCUGCACAUUAAAGGCGUGGAGGUGAACGCAGGACAGACGGCGGCCUUUCUCUGCACCGUCAACGGACGACCACAGAACAACCUGCUGCUGUACCUGCAGGGAAUGGGCGGACGUCAGGCGGUCGUCAGGGAAACCAAACCGGUGAACUCUCGCCGUUAUGUGGCGAGCUUCGACGUGGAAAACACGACCAAGGGCGACUCUGGGCGCUACCGCUGUAUCGCCCAAUCAGAGCGAGGCGUGGGCGUGUCCUCCUACGCUGACCUCACAGUCAAACAGCCUCCCGUACCAAUUGCCCCCCCCCAGCUGACGGCGGUGGGCGCCACCUACCUAUGGAUCCAACUCAACGCCAACUCCAUCAACGGAGAUGGGCCGAUCAUCGAGAGAGAGGUGGAGUACCGCACGAUGUCGGGCAUGUUGAUCGACACCACGCCCGUUGAUAAACCCACCCACAAGAUCGGACACCUGGACCCCGACACCGAGUACGAGAUCAGCGUGCUGCUCACCAGGCCCCUCGUUGGAGGCACGGGGAAUCCCGGACCACCACUGCGAGCCAGGACCAAGUGUGCAGAUCCGAUGCACGGCCCGCGGCAUCUCGAGGUCGUCGACAUUCAGUCUAAACAGGUGACGGUACGAUGGGAGCCGUUCGGCUACAACGUGACGCGCUGCUACAGCUACAACCUGACGGUGCAGUACCGCUACCGUCCCGCGGUGACCCCCGGCAGGGAGCCGGUGAAGGAGGAGGUGGUGUAUGACACCCUGAGCGGCGUGCCGCAGCACAUUGUGCGUACCCUUCCACCAUUCACCAACGUCAGCCUGAGGCUCGUGCUGAGUAACCCAGAGGGACGCAAGGAGAGCGAGGAGCUGCUGGUGCUGACAGACGAGGACGUCCCUGGAGCCGUCCCCGUAGAUUCAAUACUCGGCAGCAGCUACGAGCAGCAGAUCAGUCUGAGCUGGAGAGAACCGCUGCAGACGUACGGCCUCAUCCGGCAGUACGAGGUCUCCUACAAAGCUCUGAGCUCCUUCGACACCGAGUUUGACCUGUCCAACCAGAGCGGCAAGGUGUUCAAACCGGCCAAUGAGACGAGCCACGUGUUCACCGGCCUCUACCCAGGCUCCACCUACUCCUUCACAAUAAGAGCCUCGACCGUCAAAGGCUUCGGGCCUCCGGUCAUCACCCAGUUCACCACCAAGAUCUCAGCUCCUCUGAUGCCGGCCUACGAUCAGGAGUCUCCUCUCAAUCAGACCGACUCCACCGUCACAGUUCUGCUGAAACCGGCUCAGAGCCGAGGAGCUCCAGUCAGUAAGUACCAGGUGGUGGUGGAGGAGGAGCGCCCCCGCAGGCAGAGGAGAGGUACUGCAGAGAUCCUGCGUUGUUACCCGGUGCCCAUCCACUUCCAGAACGCCACGCUGCUUAACUCUCAGUAUUACUUCAGUGCAGAGCUACCGAUGAGCGAGCUGAGAGCAGCGAUGCCCUUCUGCGUCGGUGAUAACAGGACCUUCAGCGGCUACUGGAACGCUCCUCUGCUUCCUCAUAAGAGUUAUGGGAUCUACUACCAGGCUGUCAGCACUGCUAACGGGGAGACAAAGAUCGACUGUGUGCGAGUGGCCACUAAAGCCGCUAUAAUCGCAACCCAGCUCACUACGCCGUACAUUCGCAUCGCCCAGGCGGCUGGCGACAAGCAGCUCCCAGGAGCUGCGACCAGGAAACCAGAACCAGAACAAGAGAAACAGUCGGACCACACGGUGAAGAUCGCUGGAGCCAUUGCCGGCAUCCUGCUCUUCAUCAUCAUCUUCCUCGGAGUCAUCCUGCUGAUGAAGAAACGACGAAGAAAUUAUCACUCCUACACUUACUACCUGAAGUUGGCGAAGAAAAGGAAGGAAACUCUGAGCUCCAGACAGGAAAUGACUCUGAUGGUCAACAACUCCCAGCACACAACGAUGGUGGAUACGCACACGCACACACUGAACGGACGCACUGUGUCGUCUCCGUCCUCCUUCACCCUGAAGACAAACACCAUCAGCACCACCGUCCCCAACUCCUACUACCCAGAUCCCUUCGUACCGACGGCCAUCCUGGUGCCCAUUAAUGACGACAGCCACACUAUGACCAGUGAGACCAGCAGCCUGGUGCAGUCCCACUACAAGCAGCGAGAGUCUGAGCGCGAAGCGCUGCCCUACCAGACGGGCCAGCUGCACCCCGCCAUCCGGGUGGCCGACCUGCUGCAGCACAUCACCCAGAUGAAGUGUGCCGAAGGGUAUGGCUUCAAGGAGGAGUACGAGCUUAACGAGAGUUUCUUCGAGGGGCAGUCCGCUCCGUGGGAUUCGGCCAAAAAGGACGAGAACCGCAUGAAGAACCGCUACGGAAACAUCAUCGCCUACGACCACUCUCGUGUGCGUCUGCAGCCUCAGGACGGAGAGAACGGCUCUGACUACAUCAACGCCAACUACGUCGACGGCUACCACAGACCCAACCACUACAUCGCUACUCAAGGUCCCAUGCAGGAGACUGUGUACGAUUUCUGGCGGAUGGUUUGGCAGGAGAACACCGCUGCCAUCGUCAUGGUAACCAACCUGGUGGAGGUGGGGCGGGUGAAGUGUUGCAAGUACUGGCCCGACGACACGGAGAUCUACGGCGACAUGAAGGUGACGCUGAUCGAGACUCAGCUGCUGUCAGAGUACGUGAUCCGGACCUUCGCCGUGGAGAAGCGGGGGGUGGCAGAGAUCAGGGAGAUCCGUCAGUUUCAUUUCACCGGUUGGCCCGAUCACGGCGUGCCGCUUCACGCCACCGGCCUGCUGGGCUUCAUCCGUCGCGUCAAGGCCAAAACCCCCCCGACCGCCGGCCCCACCGUGGUCCACUGCAGUGCGGGGGCCGGGCGCACGGGCUGCUUCAUCGUGAUCGACAUCAUGCUGGACAUGGCGGAGAGAGAGGGCGUGGUCGACAUCUACAACUGCGUCCGAGAGCUGCGAGCGCGGCGGGUCAACAUGGUGCAGACUGAGGAGCAGUACGUCUUCAUCCACGACGCCAUCUUGGAGGCGUGUCUCUGCGGUGACACGGCGAUCCCAGCCAAUCAGCUGCGCUCGGUUUACUACGAGAUGAACCGAUUGGACCCUCAGACGAACUCCAGUCAGAUCAAAGAGGAGUUCAGGACUCUGAACAUGGUGACGCCCACGCUGCGUGUGGAGGACUGCAGCAUCGCCCUGCUGCCCAGGAACCACGAGAAGAACCGCUGCAUGGACGUUCUGCCGCCGGACCGCUGCCUGCCCUUCCUCAUCACCAUCGACGGAGAGAGCUCCAACUACAUCAACGCUGCGCUGAUGGACAGCUACAAGCAGCCGUCGGCGUUCAUCGUUACCCAGCAUCCUUUGCCCAACACGGUGAAGGACUUCUGGCGUCUGGUCCUCGACUACCACUGUACGUCCAUCGUCAUGCUGAACGACGUCGACCCCGCACAGCUGUGUCCUCAAUACUGGCCGGAGAACGGCCUCCAUCGUCUCGGCUCCCUGCAGGUGGAGUUUGUCUCUGCAGACCUGGAGGAGGACGUCAUCAGCCGCAUCUUCAGGAUCUACAACACAGCCAGGCCGCAGGAUGGGUACCGCAUGGUGCAGCAGUUCCAGUUCCUGGGCUGGCCAAUGUACCGGGACACGCCCGUCUCCAAGCGCUCCUUCCUCAAACUGGUGCACCAGGUGGACAAAUGGCAGGAGGAGUACGACGGGGGGGAGGGACGCACCGUGGUGCACUGCCUAAACGGUGGGGGUCGCAGCGGUGUGUUCUGCAGCAUCAGUAUAGUGUGUGAGAUGUUGCGACAGCAGCGCUGCGUCGACGUUUUUCACGCCGUAAAAACGCUGAGAAACAACAAACCAAACAUGGUGGACCUGCUGGAACAGUAUAAGUUCUGCUAUGAAGUCGCUCUGGAGUAUCUGAACUCUGCUUAGACCCAACAAGAGACACGGGGGGGGGCUACUACUGACUGAAGGAGGAGGAGGAAGAGAAGAAGAGGAAGAAGGAGAAAAAGGAGGAUGAGAAGAAGAAGGAGGAAGAGGAGGAAGAGGAUGAGAAGAAGAAGAAGGAGGAAGAGGAAGAGGUUUUUGCACUGCACAUUGUUUGACUGAACUUACACCGUGUAAUUUUAUUUAGUUUUUUAUUUGUCGUAUUGAACGUGAACCUAAAAGAACCAAAACAACGAGACGUGAGGAGCUUCAGCGUCUCCGGGUUUUGUUUUCCUCUCAGAGCAUCUGGUGCAGCCGACUCUCAGGAUCUUUGUGAACUCACCUGGGUUAGGGUUAGGGUUAGGGCUAGGCUAACCCUAACCCUAACCCUUCAAUAACCUCUGAGUGCCGCGUGCGUCGGCUUCUCUCAUAUUUCACUCGAUUGUUUACAUUUUCCGAAUGAAAAGAACAAAUCAACACAAGAAAGCGUAAUUAUCAGAAAAUCUUUCAGAACUACAAGAAAAUGUUCAGAAUCAUGAGGAAAGAUUUCCUAACUCAGAAAAUGCAUUUUGUAAUUACGAGAAACGAAGAGGAUUUAUCCUGAACGUCCAGAGACACAACAAUCAGCUGAUUGGUCAGACUAAACUCAAAGACCACUUCCUGUUCCAUCAUCGUCUGUAAAGAUAAACCGUCCUCUUCUUCUUCUUCUUCUCCUUCUUCUUCUUCUUCUUCUUCUC